AUGGAUGACUUUUCCGAUGACGGCUUCGACGACCUGAACGAUACGGUGCUGCAGGAGCUCGAAAAUAAUGCCAUUCAGUUCACCCAAGCUCAGCAAUUGGCUCAAUCACAGGCUGCACCGCCAGCACAAAAUAAUGCCUUCGAGUACGAAUUUGAUGAUGACGAUCUUGAUGAUACCGUCGUGAUUGACGAGCACGCUCUCCCGCCACCCCGCCCCCCACCACAACAAACCGCCCUUCCAACCCAGCAACCCCGCCAUACCACAACAGGCAUACAACGAUGGAAUCACCAGCUGCCGUCUUCGAGAUCGGCUUACCCGCAGCGCCCGCAGUAUGCACCACCACGGCCAGUCCCGCCACCUUUACCCUCUCGACAACGGUACCCAUCCGGGCCAUCGCAACGGCAACCUCCUGCCUCAUCAGCGCGCCCGCAACAAGGGCCACAGCAGUCGCAGUUUGCCCGUCCGCCUCUUCAAGCCGCCCGCCCAUAUGCGGUUCCACCAUCGCAAGCCCACCAUGGCGCCGGUCCGGCAAGUCAGAAUGAGAUCAUCGCGGCGCUGCGGGCUCGUGUGUCAGAGCUGGAGUCACACCUCACGGCGUCUCAUGGAGAGAAUUCCAUCCUUCGGUCUGCCCGCGGCAAAGACCGCGCAAAUUUCGAAACCGAGAUCGCGCGCAUAAAAAGGGAAACGACCGAGAAGCUUGCCGAGCAAGAGCGCAUCGCUGAACAAGCGCGUGCAGCAGAGCGCAGCACUGCCACCGAGCUACAGUUUGCCCGUCAAGACCUUAGAGAGGGGCUGGGACGGGCAAAGUCCAAGCGGAAAGAUGGCCCGGCAACACCCAGGAAGGAUAGGACAUGGGGAAUGGCUGAUGGUUUCGACGGAAUCGAGGUUCUCUCUAGCCCCAGUAAAACCCAGACCUUGCGACGGAAGGACUCGGGUCCCUCUGCGCUACCCCCCGGAGAGCGCACGCCGACCAGAGGAAAGAGAAAGCGCCCCAUUGUUGACAGCCCGACAUUUGCUCUCGAGACGGACGGAGGGGACUCGGUUUUCGAUAACGCACGCACGGUCAACACACCGGCCUUGUCGUCGCAGUUGUUCCCCCUUGAUUUCCUGAGGUUAUUUUUAGAUCACACCGCGAUUCACGACCAGCCUCCUACGUUCGAUGUCUUCUCCCACUACGCCUUCCCCGCAGACCAGAAGCAUUCGCUAGCAUCCAUCAUCCUUCAGAGGCUGCCCCAGAUGGGAACACCUGGCGAACCCCUAACGCUCUUGGUCGAAUUUGCGGACAUGCUGAUCGAAAUGUGGCACCAGUGUCUUGCGCAGCGAUAUUACGGGCCCAUAUACCACCUUGUCGCCUUGAUCGUGUACACUCUGGAGCUCAACGCGACCGAAGUCGCGUCACACAUUAUAUCGGCACUGAUUCCGGUCUGUGCGACAACAUGCCGCCUUGUGGCGCUUCCCCGGCUCAAUAGUGUUGACGGCGAUCUGUCAAGGCACCCCGAUGCGGUAGUUCGGCAGCUAUGUCUCAACAUCGAUGUUACUCAUUGUCUUUCCCUCCUCUACCUCGCCGCCCUGGCUUGCCUGCCAGCCCCCGUCCAAGGAUCUGACACCUCCGACGUGCCACGGCCUUCUCCACAACUAGAGUUCUGGAGGACAAUGGAAUUCGACUUUGUCUUGACGAUGCUGUCCCCGAAGCAUCCGGAAACGGAUUGGUGGGCCAUGAUGUCCAUCUUGCGUACGUCGGUCACGUCUGAUAGCAUCGGCCCCAUCCCGUCGUCGACAACCGAACCGUCGAGUGGCCGUGCCGAAACAAGAAACCCUCGUGCAGUUGCGGCCACGGUCAUUGACUGCGUGUCUUCCUUUCUUUGCGAGCCGCCGAGGUGGGCUGCCCACGGGUCUGGAAAAGAAAUUUUGGUGAGGUCGGCGGCACUAGAGACCCUUACUAUGUUUGCUACAAGCCACUUCGGCGCCCUGCAGAUCGCAGAGAGCGACGUUGCCAUCCCGCGUCUUGUCGCGGUGUUGUGCUGGGCUAUCGAUCGCCUGUAUGACUCGGACCUGCCCUUGCAAGUGGAGAAGCAAGCGGGCACGAGGAACUUUCCGGGCGACAGGGGGGAUAAGAUGGACGUGGACCAACAUGCUCCGGUCGGCACCGAAGCCAUGGUGACAGAUGGGGCAAAGUCGAACGCCGAAGCUUUGGGUGUUACAAACGAGACGACACUGGAUACGAUAACCGAUCCUAUGAGCCUCCUUUACGACAUCAUCUCGCUGGCAACACGAUUGCUCCACUUUAUCGUCACGGACCCAAGGACAUCCAUGGCUGCCAACACGUCGGCGAAGCUGGCUGCCUCUCACGGCGGAUCGCAACGCUACUUUCUAGCGCUCGCGAGGCUCAACUUUGCCGAGGAAGAUCUGGUCAUGGAGGCCGGGAUUGACGCUGAGACAGUGGAACUGGCUCACGAGCUGCUAGAGCUAGCCGUUACGCCGGAUGAAGGCGAGGAAAUUAGCGACAUGUUUGAUUGA